GCAGUCAGGGCUCUAGUUGGCAGAGCUCUCCCCGGAUGGAAGCUCCGGCCACGGAGUGAUGGUGGCGGCAGCGAAGAUGGGCCGGGCAGGGACCAUGGCGGUGGCGGCAGAGGUGGCAGGGGCGGGGCGGCUGGCAGUAGAGGAGGCUGUGGUCUUCAGGGGGCUGUAGGUGGAGGCAUGGCUCGGGCCAGCAGCGGGAACGGCAGCGAGGAGGCCUGGGGGGCACUUCGGGCACCGCAACAGCAGAGUCCGGCAGCGUCUUCUCUUGAGGGAGCAAUUUGGAGAAGAGCUGGAACCCAGACUCGCGCCCUGGAUGCCAUCCUUUAUCAUCCACAGCAAUCCCAUCUGCUUCGAGAACUGUGCCCAGGAGUGAACAACCAGCCCUACCUCUGUGAGAGUGGUCACUGCUGCGGGGAGACUGGCUGCUGUACCUACUACUAUGAACUCUGGUGGUUCUGGCUCCUCUGGACGGUCCUCAUCCUCUUUAGCUGCUGUUGUGCUUUCCGACACCGACGAGCUAAGCUCCGGCUGCAACAACAGCAGCGGCAGCGUGAGAUCAACUUAUUGGCCUACCAUGGGGCAUGCCACGGGGCUGGCCCUGUGCCUGCCAGUUCACUGCUUGACCUUCGCCUCCUCAGCGCCUUCAAACCCCCAGCCUAUGAGGAUGUAGUUCACCGCCCAGGCACACCGCCACCUCCUUAUACUGUGGCCCCGGGCCGCCUCUUGACUGCUUCCAGAGACUGCACCUGCUGCUCCACGGCAUCCAGCUGCCCUGCUCACUGCGAGGGAGCAGUUGUGGAAGGGGUUUCCUCCCACCAGAGUGCCCCCCCUCAUCAGGAGAGUGAGCCUGGGGCAGGGGUGAGCCCUGCUGCCACACCCCCCUCGUGCCGCUCUCGCCGCCUGACUGGUGACUCGGGUAUUGAGCUUUGCCCUUGUCCCGACCCCAGUGAGGGUGAGCCACUCAAGGAGGUGAGGGCUAGUGUCACCUUGCGGGAGCUGGAGGACCACUCCCCUUGUGCACUGCCCCCAGAUUCUGUGCUCCACGUGUCUCCCAUGGGGUUGGCUUCCAGUGAUGGGGACACCCCUUAAUUGGGAGAUGGUGGGUGGAUUACUUGCCCACCAGAAACAGCCCUGGUCCCAACUACUCAGUGCCCCUGGGCCCUCCUAGAAUCUGUCUGAAAGGGCUGGGGAGCCCUGGAGAGAGGGGCAGUUAUUUGGGGAACUGUGCUAGCUCUACCCCCAAACAUACACAGGAGCCUUUGAUCUCAUUAAAGAGAUGUGAACCAGC